AAUAACGAGCGACAUACAUCAGUUAUUUUUGGAACUAAAAACAACACAGACCACAAUGUUUAAGCUGGUGGUGUUAUCCGUUGCACUCGCAGUAGCCUCAGCUAAGCCCAGUGGCGUUUGGGGAGGCCUGAUCUCGCCGUGGAAUGCCGCCAUCGCCGCACCGUUAGCAGCCCCCCUCGCUGCACCGAUCCUCACUGCUCCUCUUGGAGCUAUCGCACCCAUUGGUAUCAGCAACUACAGGGGCCCGCUGUCUCUGGCCCCUGGUCAACCCGCUAACAUCUUGGCUGCUGAUGGUAGACCUCUGGAUACCCUUAGCGUUAACCUGGAUCGUGCGGCUCAUCUCACCGCUAAGGGGAUUGAGGGUAGCAGCCAUUUGCUGAAGAAGAGAUCAAUUGUAGGCACUCCCGUGGUAGCCGCACCUUUGGCUGUUUCUCAUUUGGUCUCUGGUUCGUUGGCUUUGUCUCCUCUAGCCGCCUCCAAUUUGGCCGCCGCGUCAUUGGCCACCAAUAACCUGGCCGCAGCCCAGUUGGCUGGUGCUGGUUUGAUCGCUGGUCCAUUAGCUCCUCGCAGUAUAAUUCUAUCGCAAUCUGCUCCCCUCACCAUCGCCUCGCCUAUUGCCCCUUUGGGAUUAGGACACGUGGCUGGAUUGGGUCAACUGUGGUGAA